AUGGCGAACCUUACGAAGGCCCGCCUGGACGACCUCCUCCCAGAGAUGAUCGAACGCAUCGCAAAGCAGUGCCACCGACGCGAUCUCAUCGCCCUCCGCCUCGUCAGCCGCAAACUGGAGUCGAAGACGCACGCAAUCUUCCUCAAGGAGCACUUCAGCGACCGUUCGUUCCUGCUCUGCAGCGAGGGAAGUCUUCGAGUGCUCGCCAGCAUCGUUGCGAACCCAGAGUUUGCCAACGCGCUCAAACAUUUGACCUUUUACGACGAGAGGCUCGCCAUCGAACCGAACAAGUGCCCGUGGGAACCUGAGGAGAUGUACUACGAAAGAAUCACAUGGUCAGACCCGUUUUUGAAAUGGGCUGUCUGGGCCAACGUCAGUCCCGACCAGAUUGCUGCGGCCUACCAAGAUCUGAGAAGGGCGCACUCGCGGUUCGAAACAUCGAGCUUGCCCCGCGAACUCCUCGAGUUCAUCUUCGGGAAAUUGAAGUCGCUGGUCAGCAUCGAUCUGAGAGGCAACUUAACUGAGCAUCGAGGUAAGUUCCAGUGGCGUGGUGAGCGGUACCCCGUGACGUACAGGAUUUUGGCAAGUGGCAGUGGCAGUGGCAGCGGCAGCGGACCGUUGGAGGAGGAUAUGAUUACAUGUGAGGAGGAUAUCCUCGUGCCGCGGUACACCUACGGUCGCAACUUUAUGAUGACUGUUCUUGAUGCUCUUGCGUUGAGAUCCGUCUUGCUCGAAACGCUCAGCGUUCAAGACAAGUGCUGGACCAAAAUGGUCAACCGUCGAGCAGUGGAAACCUUCGCCACCCACACCAAGAGAAUCGACCAACUGGGACAGUCGUGCAGCACGCUAAAGCGCUUCAACAUGACCGUGUACGAAUCGGUCUCCAGCAACACCCCUGCGCCAUUCGGCCCAGAUCAUGACCUCGAGAGCAUGUGGCUCAGCCAGGGCUAUGGCUUCUACGGUGGUCAUUACGUGGAAAGGAUCCGCCCUCUGCUCACGCCUGCGCUUCCCAUGAUCCUGGCGUCCCAGUUCUCGAAGCUGAAGACGUUGUACGUCGACUCCUUCGAAUUCGAUUUCGCUACCAUCUGCAACUUUCUCCAGGGCCACCCCACUCUGCAGACCUUCGAGGCGUUGGCAUGCUGUUUCAAAGCCUCUACCAUCAACUAUGCCGCGGUCCUCGAAGCAGCGAAGCCAGGAUUCAUGACGACGAACCACGACUACUGGACGAAGGUGGCAGCUGAUGCUGAGGAAGCUGGUGGUGAGGAAGCUGGUGAUGAGGAAGCUGGUGGUGAGGAAGUUGGUGGUGAGGAAGCUGGUGACAGGGAAACCGCAGUCGCUUCAGUUGAUGGGGGGUCGGAAGGAGAUGACGAUGAAGAGUCGGAAGGAGAUGACGAUGAAGAGUCGGAAGAGGAUGACGAUGGCGAGUCGGAAGAGGAUGACGAUGGCGAGUCGGAAAAGGGUGACGAGGAAGGAUCGGAAGCGGAUAACAACGACAAUAACAACAACAACGGGGUGGAAGAUGAGCCUGACUACGUCAUCUGCGGCGAGAACGUCGACCGAGCUAUCGAGGCGUUAUUCCAGGAGCAGACGAAGUUCGAAGGAGUGCGCAUUCAGAGGGGCAUCGUGCGCCAGUGGGUUCCCCAUGACUUCGAUGUGGAGACGCCUCGUGCGAGGAUGGAGGUCUGCAGGUGCCCACCGUGGGACGUUGCGACUCUCGCGCGUCUGGGAUGA